AUGCCAAGGCAGUCAAAUAAAGGAACUUCCACAGGACAGACAAAAGAAUCCAAGAGGAAAUUACCUAUUGACCAUACUUUACUAAACAAGGUUCCAGGGCCUAGUCGAGAGAAAAUUUCCAAAAAGUUUAAUGAUCCUGAGUUUGUUCAAAUGGAGGAUGAGUCUUCUGAUGAAUCCAGUUUAGAAAGCGAAGAUUCUGAAGAUAUAGAGUCUUUGAAGGGAGAAAAUGUUUCAAAAGCAAGAAGAAAGCAUACCUGGCUUCCACAAGAGGAUAGAGCAAUAAAAGAUUUUUUCAAAGAGGACAUCAAUGAAUUUUCCAAGUCAGGAAACCAAGGAUCACUGCAUGGAGUGACAAAGAAGAUACACACAUUCAUAUCCAAAAACCCAGAUGUUUUAAAGGAAUAUCCUGAUAAAGUAAAAGUCCACAAGAUUCGUACUAAAGUGAUUAAUCUUAGGCGACAAAGUAGAAAGAAAUACGAAGAAAACAUGGGGACACUAACUCGAUAA